GGGCAGGAAGGUGCUAAUGUGAGGGGCGAUCAAAGGGUUAACGGUGUGCUGGGAGUGUUUUACUAGGGGGCGGGAGGUGUGUUCUUCACUGUAAGCACACUGAUUGGGAUGGCUGUACUGUGCACAGCCAUCCCGAGCAGUGUGCUCGAGCUGACAGGGAGGAAGACUGUUUUGUUUACAAACAAUCUUCCUCCCAGUCAGAGAUUGUCAGUAAUCACCGGGCGCCGGUGGGUAAAUACCGGCUGGGACCCGGUGAUUGACAUCCGUGGCCGUGAAUGGCAACAAAUGCAAAAUGGCACGCACAUACAUUAUCUAUAUAUCUACACACGCGAUUCUGUGCACAGGUGCCGCCCUGUAACCGUAUAUCUGCUAUAGGGUGGUC